AUGCAAAAUUUGUCGCGUUCCGUAUCGUCCAUGACAGACAGCUUCAUGCUAGAACACUGGGGUCCCUCUUCUUCAAAGUCUACGCGACCUGAACACGAUGGCAGAGACAGCGCAGAGGCCCCACCCAAGGGCGAGGACGCGCCUAGUGUUAUAUCAAACUGGGCGCAUCUUUCCUACAUCAAAACCCAGCGUAAUACGCUCCGCGCUGAACUCAAGGCUCACCAGGUCGCAGGGGCUGAAGCGAAGCGGUCGGUGUCAUCACUGCGGCGUCUUGCUUUUCGCAUGGCCGUGAAUAUAUCGGUCAAGGAGAAGCAGAUUGCAACUACUGCAAGGAACUUGGCCAAGAGCCGGACAGCCCAUUAUGUGGAGGGCAAGGAUGCACAGAAGAGAGUGGAGGAGUUGAAGAGGGCGCUGCGGGUUGAAGAAGGCAGGAACAAGGAGAUUCUUGAGGCACUGGAGCGGGCCUCUAUGCUGACACUUCAGUAUCUCGAGCUGACUCCUCGACUGUCAAGCCCUUCCGAGAUACGCACCUCCGACAGCCGUCUUAUACGAGCGAAACGCGAGUCAGAUCAGGCUCUUGCUGCUUGUCGAAGCCGCAUAGAGCAACUACAACGUGAAUGUGCAGCGACCAAGGAAGACAGAAGGCUUCUGGAAGCCACCCGAGAAGGUCUGGAGCAGGAGAUCCACAGUCACCAGUCUCGGAUUGCUGCUCUAGAACGCUCGAGAUCUACAGUACAAGAGACGCUGGAGUCGACUAAGGCGCAGUUGACCAUCACAUCAGGUGCCGAGGAGACGCUGAAGCAGGAGCUGAAGGCCAAAUGUGAUGAGAUCGCAGAAUGGGAGCAGAAGAAUGGCAGCAUGCAUCAUACGAUCGAAGCGCUGCAGAAAGAGAAGGUUGAUCUAAGCAGUCGUCUGGGCGAACGAAACGCCGAGACUAGGGAGCUCGAGAUCCGCACAGCCACUCUAGAGGAAACUUUACACUCUUUACGAAACAAAGUCGAGACGGCUGACCGCUACGAAUCAUCGCUACAGGACCGCCUUGCCGACAAGGAGAGUACAUGCCAGGAUCUGCAAAAGCGACUUGACCGCGGGCAGGAGCUUGUCGCACGUUUAGAGCAGAAGAUCACCGGCUACGAAAAGGAUGCGACUGAACAUCUGCGGAAGAUUGAGAUCGGUGGGAGUGUCAUCUCUACGCUGCGUGAGCAACUACAAGAGUCGCAGUUGUCAAGCAAGAACACUGGAGACGCCCUGACAGCUUUGAAAGAGGAGCUAAAGCAGCUCAAGACUAAGUUGGAGGCUGCGGGCGAUGCGAGCCGAGCGCUGUCAACAGAGCUUGAGACGACCCGGGCCGAGAAAGCCAACACCCAGAAGGAGUUACACACUGCCCAAGAGAGCCUUGAGCUCGAGGUCAAAUCGAAGACCGACCUUCAAGCGGAGCUGGAAACUCUACGCACCUCUCACGACGCCAUUGAGGAAAACUUGCAACAAGCUCAACAGCGCAACCAGUCUUUGGAGGCGGUCGAUGCCAGGAGUCAGGCACAGCUAGAAACACUUCGUGAUGAGAAGGCGGCACUCGAAGCCGAUCUCAAAGACUCCCGACAGCUGUUGUUUAGACUACGCGAGGAUGUACGGAUGAGAGACGCCGAGCUUUCCGACCUGCAGUCUGUCAAAUCGAAGCUUGAAAAGAAGCUCCAAGUAUCAGAAGAACGCGUGUCGAACCUGGAGCAGGAGCUGCAACAAGUACAAGAGUCGAAGCAAGCUGCCGAUGAGCAGCAUGCGCAAGAGGUCCAGAAGAACGCCGAGCACCUUCGCGAACUGGAGGCAUCCAUGGUCAGCCUCCGAACUGUGCUUGACUCAUCAGAGAAGCUGGAGGCGUCGUUGCGUCAGGAGCUAGAUCGCGCGCGGACAUCCAAGGAUGCUGUUGAGAACGAGCUCGGACAGGCACUUCGAUCAAAGACAGAUCUUGAGAGUCAGGUCGAGCACAUCCAAUCACGACUCACAUGGACUGAAGGCGAUCGUGACAGCUUGCAGACCAAGAUUACCCAACUUGAGAACGACUUGCAUACUAGCUCACAGGCUAAGAGUGGCCUUGAUGCGCGACUCUCUGCUACGACCAAUGAGAGUGACUCGCUCAAGGUUCGUAUCUCGGAACUGGAGGCUGCGCUCAAAACCAACACCGAGGCAAGAACGAACGCCGAAAGAGCAUUGUCGAUUGCACAGGUGGAUGGCGAGACAUCUACCAAAGACUUGGCGGAUCUUCGUGAGAAGCUCGAGCAAGUUGAAGCUGCCAGGAAUAGUGUGCAACAGGAGCUUAACCACGCGACUCACUCGAACACGGAUCUCGAGACCCAGCUUAAUGCAGCGAAGGAUCGCUUGACUAAGGCGGAAGAAGCGUUAUCAGCAGCACAGCUCGAUAGCGAAGCUUCUAGCAAGGGCCUCGUGAAUGUUCGUGGGCAGCUCGAAGAGGUAGAAGCAGCUAGAAAGGGUUUGCAACAGGAGCUCAACGUUGUGAUCGGCUCCAACAAGAACCUGGAGACUCAGCUCAGCGCCGCGAAGAAUCGCUUGAUCAAGGCAGAAUCUGAGGCUCAGGACGUACGCUCGCAACUCUCAAAGUUGCAAGAUGAGAUCGCGGAACUUCAUCGAUCGAAACAGCAACUCGAGGAACACCUGCUGGCCCACAAUGCAUCCCACGAAAAGCUCGAUGAGGAUCUACUGCUUACUCAGUCUCAACUGAAGGAGGUGCAAUCCCAGAUCCCGCAUCUUGAGGCGCGACUAGCUUCCAGCGAAGAGGAGCUCGAAGCUAUGUGCCGAGCUAAGGCCGUCACUGAGAAGCGGCUCGAAGAAACGCAGGUUGCCAACGCUAGCUUGGAGAAGGAGCUUGAUAUUGCGCGAAAGGAUAACGAGGAGAUCAAGAGUCGACUUGAUAGCACCACCACCACCAACGCGCAAUUGGAGAAGGAUCUUACUACGGAUCGUUCCAGGAUGGAAGAGUCGGACGCACAAAAUACCGAACUAACGUCCAAGUUAGCCGAUGUAGAGAAGGAGCUCGACAGCCUCCGACAAUUGAAGGAUGAUGUCGAAAAGAAGUUGGAUGAAGCGUUGGCUAUCUCAGCAAGCACGGAAGAAAGUCUCUCUUCGACUCGGACUCGGCUGAACGAGGUUGAAUCGCAGAACGCCUCCAUCUCUGCGGAGCUUACCAGAACGAACGAAGAGUUGAAUGCUCUUCAACACACGAAGACCGAGCUGGAGAGCAAGGCAGGUAGCGCUGAACAGCAAGUGGGUUCUCUUCAGGACGAGACAACGAAUUUACGCUCACGCAUAGCCGAACUGGAAUCAGACAGCACUGACUUGGUUUUUAAGCUGUCGGCCAGCAGCAAAGAGUUGGAUGAACUCAGAUCAGUUCACACAAAGCAUGAGGAGUCUUCUCGAUCCGCUUCAGAUCGCAAUAUUGCGCUUGAGGCCGAAUUCCGCGCUGCUCAGAUGCGGCUGGACAUUGCUGAGUCGGAAAGCCUGGAAAUGCUCAACGAUCUCAUUGCUGCCAACGAGGAACUCGGAUCUCUUCGCGAGUCGAACGCCACACUUGGCACUUCUGAGAAAGAACUGUUCGCCCGUCUUACCUCAGCGGAGGAGGAGCUCGAGACCGCACGUGAGAAGAACGCAAAACUGGAAGCUUUCCUUGAGCGUGUGGAAGCCGACAUGGCUGAUGCUCACUCCGCCGUUGAGGAUACCGAGAGGCGCUACCACGAAUUUGUGGAAGAGUCGCAAGCGAAACUGGAUGCCGCCAAGGAGUCGAAGCAAAGGUACAAACGCCGACUUUCGGAGAGGAACAACGAGCUUGAGAUCCUCAUCAAUGAGAACUCAGACCUUCAUCAGCAGAUCGGCGACCAGACACGGGAGCUAGGUGCGCUUAAGAAGGGCAAAGGCAAGCUGGUCGAAGAGCUAUCAAAGAAGGAGAAGUACAUCGAUGAACUCGGAUCUUCUACUGAUAGCAGGAUAAGAUCAAUGAACUCGGCAUAUGACGGCCUCAAGAGGAAGUUUGAGGAGCAGCAGCAACAGCAUCGAGAGCUAGACGGCAAUCACGAUAACGCUGUUCGUCUAGAGGCCGAACUGGAGAGGAAGAUGACUGAGAUUGAAGAGAUGCGACAUCAUCAAGAUGAGUAUGCUGCAUCAUUUACUGCGCUCGAGCAGGAAGUAAAGGCUCUGCGAGACGACAAGCGAGCUUUCGAGACAUUGAUUGCGACACUGCAAGAUAAGAUCAGACACCUGGAAGCCCUGGAGCAGUGGGAUGAACCGAAAGAGAACAAGGAGUCGAGCGAACUCCAUCGCACUUCCUCGCCCCGCCACAUCACCAUCCACGACGGCCCUUACGAUACUGCUCCUUCGAGCCCCAUCUCGUCUCACACAAGAAGCUCGAUUGGACAUAUGAGUGUGCAACAUGAGAGGCCGCAGACUAGCGCGAGUACCGUCUCUCACGAGGGCGAUCCCGAAUCCUGGGGUCUGCGGAUAGAAAAGAUACGUAUGCAACGCGACGACGCAGCCAUUCAACUCAAAGGCAUGAGGAAAUCGCGGCACAACCUCAAGAAGACUCUGCGGGACACAGACGCGCAACUCCACCGGUUGGAGAAGGAGACGAAGACGUAA